AAAUCAUAUGCUUACUUGUAAGUUUAACCAUCAGUUUUAUAAUUGAAGGAAAAUAUAUGUAUAUUAAAAAACAAAAUUGGAGGAAUAAAUAAAUACAAUCAGCCUCAGCAGGAAAACUCCACUACUAUAUAAACGCGUCAUCGGCUUAGCCAAAUUUCACGCCCUAAAAAUCAGAGAUUCCAAUAACUUCUCUCUCUCUGUUAAUACGAUUCUGAUUCUAUUUUUUCUCAACCAAUGGGCCACGAAACAAAGGCGCCGACGGAGACCACCACCACCCUCGUGUUCUCGUACGGAACUCUGAAGAGAGGAUUCUCGAACCACGUCCUGAUGCAAGAUCUGAUCCGAUCCGGCGACGCUUCUUUCAAAGGAGUCUACCAAACCUUAGAGAAGUACCCCCUCGUCUGCGGACCAUACCGAGUCCCUUUCCUCCUCAACAAGCCUGGAUCGGGUCAACGCGUCACGGGAGAGCUUUACUCGGUCUCUCCCCGCGGCCUCUCGCGUCUCGACGAGCUCGAAGGGAUCAGCCGGGGCCAUUACGUCAGACAACCGAUCCGUCUCGCCGCGAAGGAAGAAGGAGGAGAUCUUGAAACAGAGCGUGCGUUAUCGUCGUGCUUGGUGGAGGCGUAUUACGCGCACAAGAGCUACGAGGAGGAGCUCUGGGAGAGGAAUAGGAGGAGAUCGUUCGGCGCGUACACGGAGAAGGAAGCGCGUGGGUAUGUGAAGAGGAACGAUAGGCCGCAGCAUCUUAGCUUCUUGGAUCAUAUCCGUAUUUUCGUUUCUUCUCCAUGUGACUGAUUUUAAUUUUCCCUCUCUCUCUCGGGAAAAAAAUGGAAAAAGAAAAAAAACACUAGUUACUAUUACAUGUUGUAAGGGUCCCAUCGGUCCUUCGUAUCCGUACUACGGUUGUCCUUGGAUUAGGUUCUGUGAUUUCUGUUCGGAUGUAAAACAAUAUAAGUCUUCUGUCUUAAUAAGCUUUUGGUCGCUCUUGCUA